UUUUAGUGCUUUAUUUACAAUCCGCACGAGCUCAGCAGUGAGGCUGAUCACUUCCGUGUUUGUGUUUAUGAGGAAUUUAGAGAUGUAAAUAACUGUGACGCGAGUUCCGGUCACAGGCGAGAGGAGGGAAAGUGUCCCGAUAGCAUGUGGCUGUGUGCCAUGUUAGCAUUGGCGUCUGGUGGAAUAUACACAGCUGUAACAACACCAGGGAUCUCCUGUGGCAGAUAGAAAGGUCUGCACUGAACUGAUAGAAACUCCAGGUCAGAGUAUUCCUGUUGAUCCUGACGUUCUGGUGUUCCCAGCGUGAUGGACGGCGAGGCUCCGGUUCACAGCUGGCCGUGCUCGUACUAUGUGAAUGGCGAUAAGCGCUGGGUAAGCGGGCGUCUCACUUUGACCCCAAGCGCCAUCCGCUUCAGCUCAUCGCUGGGCGGGGCUGGAGGGGCAGUUCUCCUGCUUCCGCUGUCCCGCAUCACACACAUCAACACCGAGUCAUCCUGCUUCAUCUUCAGCGCCGUGACCCUGCAGGAGCGUGAUGCACACAAGCACUGGUUCUCCUCCCUGAAACCGAGCGCCGGCGCUGUAUUCCACGUCCUGCAGCACUUCUGGAGGGAGACGCUUGCCCUGCAUACGCACUCCACACACACCCCGCUCAGCCGCGGCCAGAGACUCAUCAGUAUGGUGAGCGACGCCCAGCACACGCUCUCACACACCGGCAGGGCACUGAGUCAGCAGGGGGAGCAGUUCCACCACAUGAUCCACCAGCUCGACAAGAUGGAGUCCGACCUGGGCGUGGCCGAUAAGUUGCUGUCGGAGCUGGAGUCUCCUGCUUGGUGGCCGUUCAGGAAGUUCCCAUGGAACAGGAAGUGCCAAACAGAGCCAGGUCAAGCCGAAGCUAAAGCUCCGCCUGCUGAAGGCUCCAAUAGAUCAUCGAAAGAGAUCCUGAGUGUGCCAGUUGUAUUUUAUCGCGGUGGCGACAUAAACGUCGCUGAUGUGAGUUCCGGUGCUCUGGUGUUGCUAGUCUCCGCCCUGGAGGUGCGCGAUGUUAACGGCCGGCUCGUUCAUCGCUUCCACAAGCAGGAAGUGGAUGAGAUCCGUGUGCACGGCAUUUGCGACAUCAGCGUGCGACAGCGCCACAUCGGGAAACCGGACGUGUGUUUCAGGCUCCUGUCGGCGAAGAUGGCCGAGGCACUGUGUGUCCUCGAAGUGCAGUACAAGAAGAAAGUGGAGUUCGCUAGGGAUUAUUCAGGGUUCCAGGCCACGCCCAGUGAUGACAUCGCACCAGGGAGCAUGGCGUUCUGGGGUGCAGGAGCGAGUUCAGACUUGGAUGUUCCUGUCCAGGUUCCUGCAGGAGAUCUGACUCCAGUUCAGCUCCAUGUUCAGCGGAACGCAGUGAGUCAGGAGGAGGCGCAGGAGCUCAAACAGAUGCUGCUGCAGUUGAAGUCCCUGGCCCUGGAGGCCGACAGCGAGCUGCAGCGUCAGGAUGAAGCUCUGGACGUGUUGAUGUCCUCCAGUGAGCGCAGCACUGCCACCAUCGACACACACACACGCAGGAUGAGGAAACUGCUCUGACCUUCAUCACCAUCAGGAACCAACAUGAGCACAGACCUCCUCCUGCAUGCCUGCGCAGUGUCUCCCCCUACAGGCAGUGAGGCGGAACAAGUAAACUUCAGACUGACCUCCAUAGACGGAGAGCGAGAGAUAUUUCUUGCACGUCUGCCAUGAAACUCACGCACGCACGUACUGCUGAUUCAUUUACAUAAUUAUGUGCAAUCUGUUUAUGCUGUAAAUAUACUGUAUGUUUUAAUCAUGUUCCUUAUUUUAAUUUAUUUAUUUGUUUAUUAAUUAAUCAUCCUGAUGGAGUUUGUUAAACUACACUAUAAUAAAUACAGUGACGCCUCCAUCAACCGACAUCACACACUACAAUGAGAUUCUUCUCUAUAACCUUUUCAUGGUGAGUGUGUGUGUGUGUGUGUGUGUGUAACAGGAUACGGUGCUCAUCGUUUAGUUCCUGUUCAACAUCAUUUACAAACUGAACUCAUGAAAAAAAUCAAUUUUAUUAAAUGGAACUAAUAAGGAGUUUAAUUACAGCAGGAGAGAGGAUCAUGAACACAGCCACCUGAGAAAAGUCUAAAAUCUACCUGAACAAGAACAUGAGGAGCUAGAAUUAGAAGGGGAAAAAGAAAAGAGGGAGUAGGGAAUAAGGACAUGGGGAAUCGUGAUGGGGGAAGGGAAUUGUGAUGGGGCGGA